AUGCAAUUCAAAAACGUCGCCCUAGCUGCCUCCGUUGCUGCUCUAUCCGCCACUGCCUCUGCUGAAGGUUACACCCCUGGUGAGCCAUGGUCUACCUUGACCCCAACUGCCACCAUUUCUUGUGGCGCUGCCCAAUACACUAGUACCUUCGGUAUUGCUGUUCAAGCAAUUUCCUCCAAGGCUAAGAGAGAUGUUAUCUCUCAAAUUGGUGACGGCCAAGUCCAAGCCACCCAAGCUUCUACUGUUGCUGCUGCUCAAGUCACUGAUGGUCAAGUUCAAGCCAGUACAACCGCUACCCCAAGCAGCACCGAGAAGUCUUCUUCCUCUGCUGUCUCUAAAACUUCCUCCUCUUCUUCUUGUGCUGCCACUCCAUCUUUGAAGGACAGCUCCUGUAAGAACUCCGGUACUCUAGAAUUGACAUUGAAAGACGGUGUCUUGACCGACGCUAAGGGAAGGAUCGGUUCUAUUGUUGCUAACAGACAAUUCCAAUUCGAUGGUCCACCACCACAAGCCGGUGCUAUCUACGCCGCCGGUUGGUCUAUUACUGAAGACGGUUACUUGGCCUUGGGUGACAGUGAUGUUUUCUACCAAUGUCUAUCCGGUAGCUUCUACAACUUGUACGAUCAAAACGUCGCCGAACAAUGUAGCGCCAUUCAUUUGGAAGCUGUUUCUUUGGUCGAUUGUUAA